AGAUUGGAAUUAUUGGUGGUAGUGGAAUGGAUGACCCUGAUAUUUUGGAAAACAGGCAAGAAAAGCAUGUGACAACACCAUAUGGAAAGGUUUGUUGAUUUAAUUCCAGUAUUUAAUAAGUGAGUUAACAACUGUUUUAUAAACACAAGUAUUGCCCAGGCAGGGUUCUCAAGUUGACUGCAGAUAUGAAUAUUUAGGAAGUGUCCUGACUUUCCUAUACAUUAUUAUCCCAGAGCCAUGAUCCACUUUUUUGGCUCAGUUUUUUGUGGUCUCACUUUUAGUCCUGGGGAACAGGUCACUUGUUUGAUCCCAAAAACGUGUUGUGAACCCUCUUUAUAUGAAGCAGUGGAUCAGAGGCUGAGGAUACACUUUUUGAAAAUUUAGGGAGGUACAUGGUGUAGUUCUGAUGUAAAGUUAUUUUGCUUGUAGCCAUCUGAUGUUUUGGUCCUUGGCAAAAUAGAAGGAGUUGAAUGUGUUGUGUUAGCCAGGUGAGUGCCUAACUACAAACCCCCCCAAAAUUCCCUGCUGGAUUUCUGAGCCUUCGAAGUUUCCAGAGGGUUUUAAAUGAUAUAACAAGAAAAAUACCAUCAAAAAAACGUACUUCUGACUCAAGCUACCCAGAAGAAUACUUGCCAAAUUUUCCUAACCGGAAAAAUCCUGGAAUCAAAAUUUCAAACCCCAAAAAUCUUUUGAUCAUCCCCAUCACUUGAAAUCCGUAUUGAAAUCUGUAUUCAGCAGACAUGGAAGAAAACAUGAUGUCAUGCCUACAGAUAUCAAUUAUCGUGCAAAUAUUUAUGCCCUAAAAGAAGAAGGUUGUACUCAUGUUGUUGUGACAUCAGCCUGUGGAUCUUUGAAAGAGGAGUACGAGCCUGGCCAUCUAGUCUUUCCUGAUCAGUUUAUUGAUCGGACAACCAAGAGGGUUUCAACAUUUUAUGAUGGUAAACAAGGCAGUCCCAAAGGAAUUUGCCAUAUGCCGAUGCAUGAGCCAUAUUGCCCACACACAAGAAAGGUUUGUAGAAUCCUUAGUUCCUAUUAAGGCCUAUUUUCAACUAAACAGUUCUACUAUAGCAAUAACAUUAUUAUGCACUUGUGAUAACAUAUAAACUAGCUUUGCAGACACCUUGCUGUUACUUAUCUACUAUUCAAAUGGACACCAACUAAAUCUCUGGCAAAUAUAAAUACAGCAAUUAUCUCCUGCUAAUAAUUAUAGAGUCUCACUUAAUUUUGACGACCCUAACUCAGGAUACUGAGGGCGUCGUGCUGGACCAGGAGUUGACUGUAAAUUAUGAAUUAAAAUGGUUGACCUCCCAGGUUAGCUCAGUUGGAAGAGUGUUUUUGGUCUGCUGGGCAGGCAGCCUGGAGUUAAAAGUCUGGCCAAACCAACAACUAUUGUCUUUAAAAAACUGGAGAGAUAUAUUAUGCUAGCAAUAAUCAUGUCAUUGGGUAGUGACAUUAAAGCCAUUAGUCUUGUCUCAUCUGUCCGUACUGCUACACAUCAUUUGGAAGGGAAUGUAGAACCUGUGACAUGGUUCAAACAGCUGGUCUAUCUGACUGUCGUCAUUGGUCGGGGUGAGAUAGGUGAGAUCAAACAUAGACUGAAGUGGUGGCUGCAUACAUGAUGACAUCCGAUCUCUCCUGUCCGGUCCCUUUGUAUCUCAGCCACAGGCUGACCAGGAAAACUGGUUCCAUUUUGACAGGGUUUUAUCUGUUGUUUUAAACAAUCACCUCCCUUGAAUAGUCGCCCCCUUUGACAGAAAUCUUUAAAAUAAUCACCUCCCUCGAAUAAUCGCCCCCCAACCCCUCUCGCCCAUUUCUCUUUCUUUUAUCCCCUCCCUGCUCAAAUUGAUGCCUUGGAUGACCAACAAUUGCUGAAGUGGAGUCUGAUGGGCACAGCAAAACUGAUCAGUGAUGUAGCUGUAACGUCGAAGAUACUAACAUUGAAAAUUAUCCAAGGAACCAAAUUUGGAACAUUUAUAAAGCCCAUGUUCAGUAUGCUUGAUGUGAUUAUUUUUUUUAUUUAAUGUUAUAGUAAAACAAAAUACACAUAUUUAGGGCAUGACUUCCAGUGAGCAAUAUUCAAAAUAGCUGCCUCCCACAAAUAAUAGCCCCCUUUUAAUGCAAAAAAAAAGAGUAAUCACCUCCGGCUGUUACUCGAGGAAAUACGGGGAAACAUAUUUAGCAAAGGCUUUUUUUGCCAUUUUUUUUAGAUUCUUACUGAAGCUGCCAAAGAACUGAAAUUGCCUCAUCAUGAAUCAGGCACAAUGGUUGUUAUUGAAGGCCCCCGCUUCUCAUCCAAGGCUGAAAGUAGAAUGUUUAAAAUGUGGGGUGGAGACAUUAUCGGUAUGACAGCUGUUCCAGAAGUUGUCCUUGCUAAUGAAGCUGGUCUUUGUUAUGCCUCUAUUUCUAUGGUAACUGACUACGACUGCUGGAGAGAUGACCAUGAUCCGGUAGGUUUUUAUGGUAGUGCCAGCCUGAUGCUUCUGUUAUGCCUGAAACUAAGUUCUCCAUUCAAAAGAUUAUUGUUUCUGAGGAUUAAAAGGUUUUGGUACUGUGUUACUCCCAUAUUAUAUUUCAGCUCUCCCAGAAAAGGUACAAUUCUCAGUCUCCCGCAUGGGUCACCAUAUUUCUCCCCCCAAUUUUUUUUUGGCAUCUCCACAUUAGAAUGAAGCUGGGCAAAGGGCAAAAUGCACCAUUUUUCCAUCUUUGAUUUAGAGGGGGGCGGGGGGUCUAAACUUCUCAUUUAUUUUUGUUCAUGAUUGCAGGUUCCCCCAAUUCUCCAUAUUAUAUUAUGCCAACUCUCCCAGGUUAUCCAGUAUUUCUCCUGUAUAAUGCCCAAGCCCUCAGCAUUUGAUACCCCCAGCUUUUAAUCAAGUUUCUGUAGAAUGGCAUGGAGCAAUUUUUCCUCAGCUUUGGUUUGAUACAAAUGUUUAAUAUGUGCCUGGUAAUUUAUUAAAAUCUGCAACAAUAUUCUGUUGUUAUUACCUGUUACUUAGGUAAGUGUGGAAGCAGUUAAAAAGACUUUUAAGGUCAAUGUUGCAAAUGCCAAGAAACUUCUGUUAAAUGUUAUUCCACGUAUUGCUUCUGAAAAGUGGGCAGAAAUCACCAAAGAACGAGAGGUAUUAAUAUUAUUAUAAUCUACUUUAUAGGGAUAAUGGGACCUAUUGCUGUCAUAUUUGUCAUAUUUUGUGGUAAACUUAAGUCAUAUUGAAUGCUGUUUCUAUAGUGCCCUAAAAUUUAUGCCUUGUAGUUUUAUUUGACACUAACUUCUUUUUACCAUAAAAUAUUUGUAUCAAAAUGAUUUGAGAAGUUACUAAAUUAUCAAAAGAAUUCAUCCAGAACUGAAUGCAUUCUGAUCUUAUUGACCUUCUUUGAUAAUGAUAAAGCACUGAUUUUGCAGAGAGAAAUCUGAUGCUUUUCAUCAAUAAGGUUAAAAGUUGAUCAUGAACAGGCUGAAUAAAAUAGGCGUAGAAUAGUCCUUUUACUAGAGAUGAUGAGUCUCUCCAAAAGUUUAAUAAUUUGAAAAGGUGCAUACAUAAUAUUUUAGCCCACCAAAGAUUUGACUUUUUAAUAGCCGUCCUGAAAUUUCAAAACUUGGACCUUAGUCAUCCUAGGAAAUCUUAAAAGGACAAAACCUGGUUCAUUUUGUAAUGUUCCUCAGUGAUCAUUCUUAAACAAGUGGUUCCAGCUUUGGUACAAGAAUUUAAAGUAAUAAUACUAUAAAUUAAAAAAACAAAUAUUAUCAACUUAUCAUAAUUAAUUCUUAUUUUUAUUUUUAUUUUUAUUUUUGCUUUUUAGGCUGCUGUCACAAAUAACAUAAUGCUCCCUUCAAGCUGAUAUAUUUUUGUAGGGAAUUAGGGUUUCCAAAGUCACUUUUUAUAAAGACAUAAAACAUAGCGCACAAUGCACCCAACAAAGGAAUCAAAUAAUAUUGUAGAUGUUAAUGUGAUAAUAAUUUUAAGUGGCCAAAUUAUGUAAAAAGGGUGUAUACUGUAAUUUAAGCCAUCACUGAACUGACACUGUUUAUAUAAUAUUUUCAUACAUAUGUAGUCUCAAUGGAUUUGGCGUUUAGUUCCCUAGAGGGGUCUGGACUCCAACUACAUAAACCCCUUGCCCUUGCAGACUUCAAUAUCAAACUUUUCAUGUACACGAAAAAUUUGAAAUUUUAUUCAAUAUUAUUACUCUCAACAUAUCUAAUUUUCGUUGACCCACAAACUAAUAUUGAGUGGCCCAUAUGGAAAUUUUAACUUACUGAGGAGAAGCCUGUUCCAGGCGUUCAGUAAAGAGCAUCCGCUUUGUAAAAAUACGAAGUUCAAACCACAGGGCGCCCACACAAUCUGUGUGUGUAACCAAUUACUAUUUUAUGGUAAAUGUACUGGAUUUACUGUUCGUUUGCUGCACCUAUAGUGUUAUAUCAUUAAUUAUGCAUAUAAAUCAAUGGUAAAUAAGGAGCAAUUUCAGAAUACCCGGCAACAUCAUUUACAUUUGUCGGAACGCUUUAGAGAAUGACAUAUAACACAAUAGGCACUUUCGUUAUUCAAUGAGGAUUUUGAGUUUGCCAUUUAGGUGAACUCAAACUCGUUCAUAAUAGCUCAAAAAACCGCUUUUGAGGCAAAAGGAUGACAAUAUAUAACAGGUAAGGUAAUUCAAUGCUUAUUUUAACAUUGAUUUAUUUACAUACUUAGCAAUAUAUCACUAUGGGUGAGGCAAACGGUAAAUCCAGUACAUUUACUAUAAAAUAAUGUCGAUUACACACACAGAUUGUGUGGGUGCUCUGUGCUGAAACAAAAGCAGUCUGGUGAAAAAAAAAUAGGAUAGAGUGCCUCUAAUCUCCCACUGCUUGUAACUCCAGCUGCCACAUGUUUUCACACCAGUUGUCAUGAUAGCCCCCCAUGCAGACAUUCUUUAUAGGGCUUCAUCCUGCAUUCCUUCCUUGGCAAAGGUUGCAUGAUGAGCCAAAAGAACGUCUGUGUGGGAGGCUACUGUCAUGAAUGGGGCACAUACCAUCCUGGAUCCUGGAACAGACUGGUUAAUACGGAAUCUGAUGCCGAUUAUUUUAAUUGAAUUUCAAACUUUGAUGUAGAUUUACACUGGUAUUAACCAAACGUUUGAAAUUCUGCCAAACAAGACAAAAAGGAG